UUGGAAAUAUAAUUUCUAUACAAAAUCUUUCAUGGUAUCAGAGCCUUCGGGCCUUAAAAAUUUUUAGGCUGGGGACGUCAUGGCGGCAGUGGUGGACGAGGCGGGCGUGGGCGCGGCGGCAGUGCUGGCAGAGGGGCUGCUGGACAGCCGCAACAUGCUGCUCAUAUGGCGACGGGAGGGCUGUCAGGAGGAGAAUUUUCCUUCCGCCACAGCUAUUCCAGUAGCCAACCCCCACAUGCCAUAUUUAGAUGAUGAAGAUGAUGUUGGCGUUCGGCAUUCACCAAAAAAGGGGGGCCGUAUCUCUUCUUCGCAGGUUAGUGAACCUGCUGCUGCUUCUGCAUCAAAUCCGGCGGCCCAUCUCGAGACAGAAUCUGCCCAGCCGUCGGAUGCUGCCCAGGUGCCGGAUGCUUCGACUUUACCCACGACGGCAGGAGCUCAGAGCUCGCAGGCGUCCACUGAUCAUCCAGCCACCGUCAUCCAGCCAGAGAUUCCAGCCGACCAGCCGGUCCCUUCCCGUGCUGAAUCCUCGUCUACUUUGGGACGCGGUCAUCGUCAACGAACACCAAAUGUACGGCUCACGGAUUAUCAAACGUAUGCCGUCACACAUGAGGUCUCCAAUGAUGUUCCUGAUUCCAGAUAUCCUUUAACGCAUUCCAUUGGCUAUGCACAAUCCCAUUGUAAUGUCGGAGACUUCCUGAUCGGCGGCGGCGGCGGCUACUUCCUUACCCACCACAGAUGUCUUAUUAUCCGGCACGGCAGAGGCGGGUCUGGAUUUGACGGCGUCGAGCAAGCGUUUGCUGACCUCUUUGGAAUAGGCCUGGAGGAUCUCGAUGCCUUCGUCGCCGGGAGUAGCGGCGGCAGCGGCGGCGUUGAAAGCUUCCUUCUCAAUAGCCCUGGCGAGUGCAGAGCCCUCCUCCGGUGGAAUGGUUCCGUACCGCUCCGUCAGAACAGACGACCCCGUAAGCGUCUGGAUGAGGCGGUUAACGACGGCGCCGCGGGUCCUCUGGCCCGGCGGCCAGAUGCUGAAGGAGAAGUCCAUCGGAUUCCGGGAAGCGUCGGAAGCGGAUUCGCGCUUUUCCGGUGGCUCGACUUGUAGGUGUCGUUUGUUGUCGGACAUUUUGAAAUUUGAAUUGCAAAAACAAAGUCUGCGCAGAAUUAAAUUUCAAAAAAUAUGGAGUAUUUAUCUUUACUGUAUUGGGCUUGGACCGCUUGACAGGAUUAUGGG